GCGGCUGAGGCGGCGUCGUUAUUUCCGCGGUUUGGACGGUUCGUGGCGGCGCGGGUGGCUACGGGAGAAGUAGGUAGGGACCGCCGGUGCAGAGGCAUCGAAACUCCCUCCCUCCCGUGUCCUAGAGCCGCAGCCCCCCGCGCGUGUGGCGGACCCUGGGGACGCCAGGUCACCCUGCGGCCCCGGCCCUCCCGCCGCGCUUCAGGCAUUAUGGUCAUGAAAGCUUCUGUAGAAGAUGAUGAUUCGGGAUGGGAGCUCAGUAUACCAGAAAAGAUGGAAAAAAGCAAUACAAGCUGGGUGGACAUAACCCAAGAUUUUGAAGAAGCUUGUCGAGAAUUAAAAUUGGGAGAACUACUUCAUGAUAAACUAUUUGGUCUUUUUGAAGCCAUGUCUGCCAUUGAAAUGAUGGAUCCCAAGAUGGAUGCUGGCAUGAUUGGAAACCAAGUUAAUCGAAAAGUUCUCAAUUUUGAACAAGCUAUCAAGGAUGGCACCAUUAAAAUUAAAGACCUCACCUUGCCUGAACUGAUAGGGAUAAUGGAUACUUGUUUUUGCUGUUUGAUAACAUGGUUAGAAGGCCAUUCCUUGGCACAGACAGUAUUUACGUGCCUUUACAUUCACAAUCCAGACUUUAUAGAAGAUCCUGCCAUGAAAGCUUUUGCUCUGGGAAUCCUGAAAAUCUGUGACAUUGCAAGGGAAAAAGUAAAUAAAGCUGCUGUUUUUGAAGAGGAAGAUUUUCAAUCAAUGACUUAUGGAUUUAAAAUGGCUAACAGUGUGACAGACCUUCGAGUCACAGGCAUGCUAAAAGAUGUGGAGGAUGACAUGCAAAGAAGAGUAAAGAGUACUCGAAGUCGACAAGGAGAAGAAAGAGAUCCAGAAGUUGAACUAGAACACCAACAGUGUUUAGCCGUAUUCAGCAGAGUGAAAUUCACUCGAGUGUUACUGACAGUGCUUAUAGCCUUUACUAAGAAAGAGACCAGUGCUGUUGCAGAAGCUCAAAAAUUGAUGGUUCAAGCAGCAGAUCUUCUUUCUGCCAUUCAUAAUUCAUUGCAUCAUGGCAUCCAGGCUCAGAAUGAUACUACAAAAGGAGAUCAUCCAAUUAUGAUGGGUUUUGAGCCCCUUGUUAACCAGAGGCUACUUCCACCUACCUUCCCUCGAUAUGCAAAAAUAAUUAAAAGGGAAGAAAUGGUCAACUAUUUUGCAAGAUUAAUAGAUAGAAUAAAAACUGUUUGUGAGGUGGUCAAUUUAACAAAUUUACAUUGUAUCCUGGAUUUUUUCUGUGAAUUUAGUGAACAAUCACCUUGUGUUCUUUCAAGAUCUCUAUUGCAAACCACUUUCUUGGUGGAUAACAAAAAGGUCUUUGGAACCCAUCUCAUGCAAGACAUGGUGAAGGAUGCACUCCGGUCUUUUGUCAGUCCUCCGGUGCUCUCCCCAAAGUGCUGCCUGUAUAAUAAUCACCAGGCUAAGGACUGUAUUGACUCCUUUGUUACUCACUGUGUUCGGCCCUUCUGUAGUCUUAUUCAGAUCCACGGACAUAAUAGGGCUCGACAGAGAGAUAAGCUUGGUCAUAUUCUUGAGGAAUUUGCUACCUUGCAGGAUGAGGCAGAGAAGGUUGAUGCAGCCCUUCACACUAUGCUGUUGAAACAGGAACCCCAAAGGCAACAUUUGGCCUGUUUAGGUACCUGGGUCCUUUAUCAUAACCUUCGAAUUAUGAUCCAGUAUCUUCUGAGUGGCUUUGAAUUGGAGCUCUACAGCAUGCACGAGUACUACUACAUAUAUUGGUAUCUCUCAGAAUUCCUUUAUGCAUGGUUGAUGUCGACAUUAAGUCGUGCUGAUGGCUCUCAGAUGGCAGAGGAAAGGAUCAUGGAAGAGCAGCAGAAAGGCCGGAGCAGUAAAAAAACAAAAAAAAAGAAGAAAGUUCGCCCCUUGAGCCGAGAAAUUACAAUGAGCCAGGCAUAUCAGAACAUGUGUGCUGGGAUGUUUAAAACCAUGGUGGCAUUUGACAUGGAUGGCAAAGUACGAAAACCCAAGUUUGAGCUUGAUAGUGAACAAGUUCGAUAUGAGCACAGAUUUGCUCCAUUCAACAGUGUGAUGACGCCACCGCCGGUGCACUAUCUGCAGUUCAAGGAAAUGUCUGACCUCAAUAAAUACAGUCCUCCUCCUCAGUCUCCAGAACUGUAUGUGGCAGCUAGUAAGCACUUUCAGCAGGCAAAAAUGAUCCUGGAAAAUAUCCCAAACCCAGACCAUGAGGUCAAUAGAAUUUUAAAGGUUGCCAAACCCAACUUUGUGGUCAUGAAGUUAUUGGCAGGAGGACACAAAAAGGAAUCUAAGGUUCCUCCUGAAUUUGAUUUCUCUGCUCACAAAUACUUUCCUGUUGUGAAACUUGUUUGAGAGACAUUGAAAAGGGGACAUCAAGGGCAGAAUCUACUUUCAGAUUCUGAGGGGAUCGAUCCAUCCGUCAGUCUCAGCACAUAACGUGAAGUGAAAUGGCUUUCUUGGAUAACAGCCUAUUAUAAGAGAUACUUUUAAUUUGACAGCCUUAUACGACGUGAAUGAAAACUGCUGUUUUAAAGUGGUUUGUUAUGUUCCAUGGAUGAAACUGGUCUUACCGAAUGCAGUGAUGAACGUUAUAUGGUUUUAUUACAGAUUUAAUCAUAAAUCAUUUUUUAUGAAUGAGUGAAAAUAGUGUUUGUAAAAGUUAAUAAAUUUCUUGACAAAAAAUGCACUACUGGAAAUGAAAAACAACAGCACUUUGAUGCAUGUUAAGAACUGAAGGUUUUUACUCUUGAGUAGUUCAGAUUAUUCAAAAGUUUUAAAACAAGGGAUUGGUCAAACACUUGAACGGGGUUUUGGCAAAAUACACUUGGAAUGGGUGGGGGGAACCUCUAAACUGUCUAGGGAGACUAAAUUACAUGGGGAUUGUGAUUUUCUGUGUCAUGAUGUCUUAAAUUCUAUACCUAUAAGAAUAUAGAAGUUUCUUAAAAAAUCCUUUAAUUGUUCAUUUUGGCACUUUGAAAACAUUCUGCUUAAUGUUUGCUAGUGACAUCAUUUGAGAGGUGGGAAUGUGUAGAUUGUUAAUUCUUAGGGUUAGGUUUCAGUGUGGCAUACUUUUUGUUCACUACUAAAUAUUCAGUUUAACCCAUGCAAUGUUUUCAAGUGGGGAUCUUUCCAUUAUCUGCUGGCUUCCACCUGUACCUUUUAAGUGCCCAGUGCUAGAGGCCCUACCUUCCUUUCCUGCUCAGUCCUCUUCCUGGCUCAUGCUGCCAUGGAUUUUUAUUCUGUAUUAGAUGGCUAAGGCCUUGGUUUGUAAAACUUGUUAUAUGAAGUUUAUGCAUAAAUUUAAAGGAAAUAUUUCAAGUCCUUUAACUUCCCCAGAAGUGUGUUUCACAGGCACACCAGUAAGGAUGGAAGCAUUUUACUUGAGCUUUUUCAGAAGUGCAUGGGAUGAUACCAACUUUGAGUAAUCCUUCAAUCUAUACAUUAUUGGAAUUUUAUAAGCCAGUUUUUAGGGACAGUGGCUCAGUACACUUUAAGUAUUGCUCUGUGGUGAGAAAUAGUACAUACACAUUUAAAUACACAAUAAAGCUAUUUCCCCAACUUUGAUACUAAUGAACAUUUUCAGAGUCUAACAAUGUAAAAAAGAAAAAAAAACAGCCUACAAUUCAUGGAAUCUUUAAUUUUUUGUAAAAUUCAGAGACAAGCAUUAGAAGUUGUUGAGAAUUCUAUAAACUAUCAGUUAUUUAUAAUAAUCUCUUAGUGGGAGUAGACCAAGCCCUUGGGCCUUAAAGGCUCCUGAAUUCACACUUGUCUUGCACCACUCUAGGUUCCGCUGAGAAUAGAUAACCAACCACUACGCAUUAAAACAAUCAUGCCAGUUACUGAUCUAGUUAUUUCAUGACCGCACACUGACUUAACACAUAUUGGUUUAUUUCUCAAAUUCCAUCACACGAAAGUACAUUAAGUAUUUGCAGUGCUCUCAUUACUCAAGAAAUCUGAGUAUUGUGCAGGGAAUCUGCAGUCCCAUCUGCAGAAGAAAAGAGGAGUCCUCACAUUCCUGUCUACAUACCAUUUGAGAAUACAGAGGAGGUGUAAAUUAAAGAACUCACCCUAUUAAAAAUUGGAAUAGGUGCUGAUUAAAAAGACCAAAGUAGGGGGUUUGCCAUCUAUUUACGUAUUACACAGGUUUUUGUUUUGCUUUAAAAACAAAAAACAGCCACGUCACCUCUAUAAAUUGUUGCCUCAAAACAGGUGCCUAUGUGAUGUCAAGGUAAGCCAGUGGUAAGAAAGCAUGACUGUCUGGAGAGGUCGCUCACAGUACACACCUCCUGAACGAAUGGCCUUUGGUGCCUCUGUACGUGAAGAUGGAAACAGCAUGGUUAUUUUUCACUUAUAUUGAUGUCCCAUCUUAGUCCACAAGGUUUAAGGCAGACCACCACUCUUGAUCCAUGAUUUGCAGGCUGAUUCUUCAGGGACCCAGUAGGGCAGUAAAGGAAAACAAUGCAGCUGAACAGUCUUGUUUCUCAAAACUCUGUGCACACUAAUUAAAAUGAAAUGAACAGACGCUUUACUGAAAAAGCAAGAGACUAUUAACCAUAAGGCUAAGACACAAAGCGAAUCUUACAAAGCUAUUUUUAACACCCUUUAGUUGCCUUUUCCGGAUAGAAAAGUUUAAUCUUCGUAAUUAAGUAAACAGAUACCUAUAGAGUAGCAUUCACAUUGGAGAUCUUAACCUGAAUGCAAACCAGGUCCUGCCUUCAGUGCCAGCCAGGGGCACCAGGAGUCCAGACCAGGUGAGGGGCCUGGCAUGUGGCUCAGCAGCUCUCCAGCCUGUGGCAUAGCCCUAUAACUUCUCUGGAACCCCGUUUCCUCUCCAACGUUAACUGGUUAUCCCAGGUGGUCUGAGGCUCCUGCAUCUCAAGUCCGGUGACUUGUAUUUAAUAAGCAUCACCACCUUCUUACCCUUAAAACCUGAGCAUCCUGAGUAUGACUCUGCCAGUCAUUUGUAAGUGGCAAGAGCCUAUUUACUGGAAAUACUGAAAAGCAACUGAAUUUGAAUUACGAUUAGACCUUUUCAAAUUAACAUUAACUUUUGAUUUUUAAAACACUUUUGAUAGUCAUUUGCCACAAGCCAAAUGUAUGGACUAUGGCAAAAACAACUGUUGCAUUUCUCUUGCCUUUCUAAAUUCUCCCCCUGUGUAACACUGUGUAUACUCUUAACAUCAGCGUCCUCUUUUUUCACUAUGAUGGUGCAGUGGGCAGUUUGUCCACAGCCAACGUGCCCCCACAGUGCUGUGCUGCCCCCACCCUUGCUCUGCCACAGGCCCCAGGGUCACCUCUGCUUUGGCCCUGUUCUGUCUGAAGUCUGAUCCACUCAUGGCUCUUGGUAACAUAGACUUAAUACAGAAGAUUUUGCUUUGUCCACACAUUACUAAGCAAAGUAAAAAUAGAUCACAAAUGUCCAAAUUACAAGUCAAGCAUUUUUGUAUGUUAAUGACAGGUUAUACAAGUAGUUUUUUUUUUUUUUAAAUUCUCACAUAAAAUGCCUUUGUAUAUAGACUUGUUUAAAACUGUUGCUAGUGAUAUUUGUUUAACAGUUUUGUGCUCCAGGCCCCUGACUAUCUGAACCAGAAAUGAGCACAUGAGAGCAUAAGCCAGUAAUCAUUCGGCACUGACCUGGGAGAACAGAAAUACCGGGCUGAUACUGGCCACUCAGCACAGUAUGUGAAGGAGGACACCAG